CUAGCCGGCGGGGUUGGGGCUGGCGCAGCUCUAGUUCCUUUCCUCCUCAGCCGCCUGCGCUGCCUCCGCCGCCUCCGCCGCCUCCGCCUCAGUCUCCCACGCCUCCGAACAGGCCGCGGUUACCGGUUUGCGAUUCCCGGGCUUAAACUCUGCAGCUCCAGUGUCCCGGUGUCCGUGCUCCUGCGAGAUGACGCUCAAGUCGAGCGAAGGCGAGGGUGGGAAUAGCAUGCGCACCGCGCUCUCGGACCUCUACCUGGAACACUUGCUACAGAAACGCAACCGACCUGAGACUGCAUUGAAUCAGUUGAAUGUUGCCACUGAGGACAUGUACACCAAUGGGUCUACUGUUCCAGGUAGCCCUGCCCAUUCUAAAGGGCAAGAAGCAAGGAAAGUACGUCUCAUACAGUUUGAGAAGAUCACAGAGGAGCCCAUGGGAAUUACUUUGAAGCUGAAUGAAAAACAGUCAUGUACUGUGGCCAGAAUUCUCCAUGGUGGCAUGAUUCAUAGACAAGGCUCCCUUCACGUGGGGGAUGAGAUCCUAGAAAUCAAUGGCACAAAUGUGACUAAUCACUCAGUAGACCAGCUGCAGAAGGCAAUGAAGGAAACCAAAGGAAUAAUCUCAUUAAAAGUAAUUCCUAAUCAGCAGAGUCGUCUGCCUGCGCUACAGAUGUUCAUGAGAGCACAGUUCGACUAUGACCCCAAAAAGGACAAUCUUAUCCCUUGUAAGGAGGCAGGACUGAAGUUUGUUACUGGAGACAUUAUCCAAAUUAUCAACAAAGAUGACAGCAACUGGUGGCAGGGGCGGGUGGAAGGCUCUUCCAAGGAGUCUGCAGGAUUGAUCCCUUCUCCUGAGCUGCAGGAAUGGAGAGUGGCAAGUGUGGCUCAGUCUGCUCCAAAUGAAGCUCCAAGCUGCAGUCCCUUUGGGAAGAAGAAGAAGUAUAAAGACAAGUAUCUGGCUAAGCACAGUUCAAUUUUUGACCAGUUGGAUGUUGUUUCCUAUGAGGAAGUUGUCCGACUCCCUGCAUUCAAGAGGAAGACCCUGGUGCUGAUCGGAGCCAGUGGGGUAGGUCGCAGCCAUAUUAAGAAUGCUCUGCUCAGCCAGAAUCCAGAGAAGUUUGUAUACCCUGUCCCAUAUACAACACGGCCACCAAGGAAGAAUGAAGAAGAUGGAAAGGAAUAUCACUUCAUCUCAACAGAGGAAAUGACAAGGAACAUCUCUGCCAAUGAGUUCUUGGAGUUUGGCAGCUAUCAGGGCAACAUGUUUGGCACUAAAUUCGAAACAGUGCACCAGAUUCAUAAGCAGGACAAGAUUGCCAUCCUUGACAUUGAGCCCCAGACCCUGAAGAUUGUUCGGACCGCUGAGCUUUCACCUUUCAUUGUGUUCAUCGAACCUACUGAUCAGGGCACUCAGGUGGGAAAGGGGUCAUGCAAGACUGAAGCCCUGCAGCAGCUGCAGAAGGACUCUGAGGCCAUCCGUAGUCAAUAUUCUCACUACUUUGACCUCUCUUUGGUGAAUAAUGGUGUUGAUGAAACUCUUAAGAAAUUGCAAGAAGCCUUUGACCAGGCUUGCAGUUCUCCACAGUGGGUACCUGUCUCCUGGGUUUACUAAGCUUACAGAAUUGGAGAACCUGUUCCAGCCCCUCCCCAGCAUUUGGAAUGCCACCCCUCGCUUAAAUCAAACACUGCUGCUUCAUCUUCUAGCUAUCUGCAACUAUGCGAAGUAUAUCAGUAGGAUUUAAGUCUUUUCACUCAGGCUACUAAAGGGCUGAAGUUUAAUUUUCCUACUACCUAGAUUUCAAAAUGAUCUCUGGAAAUUGGCAGUUGAGUACUAUCCAAUGCAACUGCUGCACAAAGAAAGCAUCCGUCCUCAUCUGAUGCCUGAGCUCCUUUACUUGCAACUAUACUAUCUUAUCUUUUUACUCUGGAUUAAGUAUACUCUGAAACUUUCUAAAAUGCAAAAAAUCUAACAGCUGCUCUAGAGAAACCCUCCAAAGCAAUAAAAACUCUGCUGUGUUAA